UUCGAUUCCGUUUCUGGUAUCAUAUUAAUAAUUGAUAUAAAUUUAUAAGAAAAGAUUUGAUUUAAAAUAUCGAUGAAAGAUCGUUUUGUUUUGUUCUUUUUUUAUAGAGAAAAAGCUGAAGAAGAAAAAUACAAAAAUGAACAAAAAGAAUAUGAAGAAAAACGAAAAAAAUUAAUAUUAAAAUAUGAAAAUAUUCCACAAGAAAAUAUUGAAGAAUUAAUUAAUGAUUUAAUGUCUAUUCAUGAUAAAGAAUAUUUAAAUAAAAUAUGGAUUUAUCUUAAUCAAUUAAAUCAAACAGAAAUAAAUCUUAAUGAAUUAAAUGAAAAAUUAAUAAAUUAUAUUGAUCAAGAAAUUGAUUAUAUGUUAAAAGGUUCAAUAUAUCGUUCAUUUAUUG